AUCAAAAAGUUGAAAAGUUACUUAAUAUGGAAAAGGCUUUACGUAGAUAUUUAAAAUUUGAUGAUCGGUAACUGAAGAUGAAGGGUGGCUGUAUAUAUACCAACGCGACCACCUUUACAGUACUAGCUGUCCGUUGUCCAACGACCAACCAUGAACAGAAUGCUUCUCGUGUGUGGGGUGGUGGCCCUCCUGGUGACCGGGUGCACAGCCCGCCCGUCAGGUGCCCCUGACUAUGUGUGCGACGACCCCCUGAUGUCGCCCGUCUACCACAUCGAUAAUUUCGGUGCGAUUGGCGUCAACAACACCAACGAGUACACCCUUACUUCCGAGCCAGUGGAGGGCAGCCCUGACAUUUUCAAAGUGACCCUGAGCGGCCCCGUCUUUAAGGGUUUCGUGGUGAGAGCAAAGACACUCAGUGCGACGAACCUGGGAGGAUUCAUCGUGGACCCUGAUGGUUCUGAUUUCAAAGUCAUGAACUGUGCCAGCGAGGAAGACGUCGCUGUCACCCACACCAGCUCCACGGAAAAGUCCUCCAUCACACUGUUCUACUUGGACGGGAAUAACGGCAACUUCGUCCUCCAAGCCACGACCGUGAUUAAUCGCAAUGCCUACGUGACCCUUAUCUUCGAGCAGUAAGCGGAGGCUGUCGAGAAGGUGGCGCCUCUCGGACUAUACCCGAGACACUUGAAAGGAGCCACACGCAUACAUGGUUUAUGUAAAGGCAUUCAUCGCCCUAAUAGUGGCAGGAUAAUUUACAUACCAGUAGGCGUUUUAAUAAAUUUUAACACCAAAA